GAAAUGCGUGUGCUCAGAGAAUGAUCAGCUGUUCUAUUCUAUAUAACGUGAGCGUAACCGCUGCACGCAGGUGUAGGCUACACAUGAACAGUCGCUACUGAUGGUGAUAGUGACAGUAAAUAUGAAGUCCGGCUACCAAAAACGUAAAGAGAAGCUGCAGAAAGCUGAGAGGGAGAAAAAGGGCAGACAAUUGGUGACUCAGUUUUUCCCAAAGAAAGAUUCACCCUCAGGGGGACACCUGCCCUCAGCACCAAACCCACUUGAAGGAGAGGGAGAGCCAGGUCCUUCUUCAGGCCAUGAUGCAGCAGCCAGAGAGGAGACCAGAGGUGCUCAAGUACAGGAAGAGAACAGGGCGAGUUCAAGCAACGCAGAUGAUGAGGAAGAAGCAGCAAAGAGUAAGGAGCAGAGAGAGGCUGAGUUGAGGGACAUUGGUGAGACUGAGCAGCAUGCAGAACCUGAAGAUCUGCUGUCUGCUGAUCCAGGGUUGUGGCCAGAAAAAUUAAGUGACAGUGAUAGAGCAUGCAUUAUUAGAAAAUUGGCUGCGACAGAGGAAAAACAAAUGCCCAAAGACUCUGAGGGAAAGCCAUUUCCAGAUUACUUAAAAUAUACAAAGACAGCAAAUGGCAGAGAAAAGAUGAAAAGGGAUUGGUUAAUUUACAGUGAGAGUGUAAAUGCACUUUUCUGCAUUCCUUGCAUUCUUUUUUCACGGGAUGUAAAAAGACCUUCUCAAAGUGCUCUGAGUAGCGAGCAUGGUUGCAUGUAUGACAAAUUCCCAAGCCAUGAAAACAACCAAGCACACAGGGAUUGUUACUGGAAGUGGAAAAACUUGCAGUGUUCUAUUAUGGCUGCAAAAGGGAUAGACCACCAUCUGCAAAGACAGAUGCAGUCAGAAAUAGAAAGAAAUAUAGCCCUCUUGGAGAGACUACUUCAUGUCACGCUGCACUUGGCAUCGAGAAAUUUGCCUUUCAGAGGUAAAACAAAAAAGUUAGGUGAUGUCCACAAUGGGAACUAUUUGGGAACACUAGAACUAGUAUCCCACUAUGACACACUUUUAAAAGAACACCUAGACAAAGUGAGGAACUCGGCCAAAGAAACUAGACUUACUCAUUAUUUGUCCUCCGACAUUCAAAAUGAGUUCAUUGAACUGUGUGGGAAAAGAAUGCUUAAAUCUAUUUUGAGAGAAAGAGAGGAUGCCAUUUAUUACAGCAUUUUUUGUGAUGCCACACCAGACAUUUCCCACACAGAGCAAAAUGUUUUGCUCAUUAGAUAUGUCCAUUAUAAUGAGCAUGCAAAUGAAUGGGAGAUAACAGAAAAGUUUAUUGAAUUCAAACAAUUCAAUAAAAAAACAGGGAGUGAAAUAGCAGGGAUGAUCGAGGAUGUGCUUAAGAAACUAGGGAUAGAUAUUGCUGAUUGUAGGGGACAAGGCUAUGACAAUGGUGCUAACAUGUCUGGGAAAGUUAAGGGAAAGUUAAGGGAAAGCCCAAAUACUUAAGACCAACAAUCUGGCCACAUUUUCACCCUGUGCUUCCCACACGUUAAAUCUUGCUGGGGUACAUGCAGCAGGAUCAAGUGAUGAAGUGUCAACUUUUUUUGGCUUCAUCAAUUGUCUUUACAAAUUUGUAAGUGCCAGUCCAGAGCGUUGGGCCAUAUACAAGGAAAGUACCAGCUGCUCUGUCCACAGCUUGUCUGACACUCGCUGGAGUGCAAGAAUUGAUGCUGUUAAACCGGUUGCAAAACACUUACCAAGUGUCAUUGAGGCCCUUAGUUCCAUACUAACUACAUGCAGUCUUUCAAAUGAUGCUAGAGCUGAAGGUGUUGGUCUGAGGAAGUACUUCAUGUCAUUUGAUGCCAUUGUGCUUCUUACCAUCUGGGUGAAAGUAUUGCAGUGUAUUGAUUGCAGGAAUGUGAUACUCCAGUCAGGUAAAAUUUCUCUUGAGGUGGAGGCAGCCAAUAUAAAUGCACUCAAAGAUGAGAUGCAGGCUCUAAGGAAUGAAUGGGAGUCCCUCCUCUCUGAGGCAACAUUAAUUGCAAAUGAAAUGGGGAUUCCACCUCAAUUCAAAAAAGAACUCAGCCGUGAGAGGAAGAGAAGGAGGUUCUUUGAUGAGCCCCCCCCCCCAGAAGAAACAGGUCAGAGCGACUGUGCAGAGGAAUUUAGAAACACUGUGUUUUUCACUGCCAUGGACCAUAGCAGCAACAUCACUGUCCCUUAACUGACCAACCUUAAUAAUAGCAGCAAACUCCUCAACGAUGUUUGCUAUUGUUUGGAACCGAGUGUCCAAGUCACUAGUGAUGUGUGUCACCCACUCAUAAGCAAGUACACAAAGGACCUCACUCCUCAGUUGAAGAGUGAAAUCAGGCAUCUCAACACAGUAUUUUUUGCCACUUUCCCCUAUGAUUGCACCAGCCUUGAGCUUCUCAAUUCAAUUUACAAAAUGCAACUCCAGAGCAUUUUUGGAGAAGUGUGUAUUGCCAUUAGGAUUUUUUGCACUCUCCCAGCUACUGUUGCUGGUGGAGAAAGAGCAUUUAGUAAACUGAAACUUAUCAAGAGCUACCUCAGGUCAACAAUGGUACAGGAGAGGUUGAAUAGUCUGGCAAUCCUCUCAAUUGAAAGUGAACUGGCUCUCUCUCUAGAUUUCAAAGACUUAAUUUAUGACUUUGCUACCAAGAAGCCUCGGCGUCUAGACUUAGGCAUCUAAAUCAAGAGACAAAAGUGUUGAGUUGAGAAAAAAAACAAGUACUGUAAAUGUUUUACCAUUGUUCAUGUUUGGAUUUGUUGAUACUGUUUGUAAGUAUCUAUGUUGAAUAUUUGAACAUUUGUUGUGCCUUUUAAUAAGUGAGUGUACUACAGGUGAAAGAAAACACCUUUUUCAUAGGUACCUUUACUAUGUCAGUACUAGUGUAAAUGUUUUACCAUCUGAAGUAUAAACAAUGUGUAUCUGUUAUAAGUCCAUACUGAUACAGUGAUGCAUGCAAGAUGUUUCAACACAUUAAGAACUUAGAAUGGACUCUAUACCAAGUAACAAUAUGUAGUUGCUAAUGAUGUUAUCACCUAAACAGAUGAUCACAUGCAGCAUACCUUUUCGCAAAGGGGGGGGGGGCAAAAUUCUAAUCUUUCAUGGGGCCCAAGAU